AUGGUCAACAGCUUAUUUUCGUUGCCUUUCAUUGAACAUCCCACCCCCAGUGAAACCACGUUUAGAGUACCCUAUACCUCGUGACCACUGUGGUAUAACUCCGGGUUGGUUGAAAGCCCUUCUUUACCAGUUGCAAAACAACCAAACGAUAUCAUUCAGGAUUCUGUGGGAUAGAUGGACUGGAGCAUGUUUGUCCCACAAUACUCUUAUAGCGAUUUUGUGUAUUGGAGGAUUCGACAAUCCCGAUGCUAUACCUUGGUUGAGGUUUAUCGGGCUUUGUGCUGCUCACUUGUCUGAUGACUUAACGAAUACCAUGAAACUGAUAUGCGAAAUAAUGACUGAAGAACCCGAAGGUGGAUCUGCCAUGAUACCGUUGGAAACUUUCAUAGACCUAUAUCAAUUUAUUGCUCGAAUAGAUGGAUCAAAACCAGUGAAAUUGAAAAAUACUCAUUUCUCCGAUUCUUUGCUGUCCCUAUGGAGAGAAAAGACAGAGAAGGAUGAACAACCCAAGGAAAUUAAAGAAGAAUCUGUGUUCGAGGAGGAAAGUUUGGUGAGUCAACCAUUGGAGGCAUCAGAGUCGGAAGAGUCGGUAAAACAUUAUACCAAGGAAGAAAUUUCAUGUCCCAGUUUGGUCGGAGACGAUGAUUAUUCUGUGGAUUAUUAUAUUCCGGAAGCAGGAGAAGAAGAAGAAGAAGCUGUUGCGCCUUCAGACGGUUUCACAGGAGAACCUUUGGACCUUUAUGCGUUACAUGGCGAAGACGAUUAUGAAGUGGCAGGUGAAAGGGAAAAAUAUGAUUUGACAUCAGAGAAUUCCGAAACACGACACAUUGCUCCAGAGGAAGGGGAAAAGGAAGAUGGAGGAAUAGAAGAGCAUUUGGAGGGAGAAUUAGAAAAACAUGUUGAAGAAGGAAAACAUAUUGAAGAGAAAGAGAGUGCUGGUGAUCAUACAAUAGAGCCAACCGCUUAUGAAUCUGUUGAUACUAUACAAGAAAUACCUAGAAAAAUAGAGCCUGAUGACUUCGAAGAUGAAAAAACUCUUCUCGAGGACCUUCAAAGAUUGAAA